AUGGGCUUCAUGCUCAAGAAGCCAGCUGAUGAGCCUGGCGCGGCAUGGCCUGCCGUCGUCGUCGGCCUGUUCGUCGCGUUCGGUGGCCUCCUCUUUGGAUAUGACACUGGAACCAUCAGUGGCAUCCUAGCAAUGCCGUACUGGGUCGAACUCUUUUCGAAUGGUUACACCAAUAGCGAUGGCGAAGCGGCUAUCGACCCAAGUGACGAGUCGCUGAUUGUUUCUAUCCUCUCCCUUGGUACCUUCCUCGGCGCGCUAACGGCUGCACCCGUCGCGGACUUCUUCGGCCGCCGCCUUGGUAUCUUCUUGUCCACUGCGAUUAUCUUCAAUCUAGGAGUCAUCCUACAGACCGCUUCCACUUCUCAGCCGCUGUUCAUCGCGGGCCGUUUCUGGGCUGGGUACGGCGUUGGUUUGAUCAGUGCUCAGAUCCCUCUGUACCAAUCCGAGACGGCUCCCAAGUGGAUUAGAGGUACUGUGGUUGGUUCUUAUCAACUUGCCAUUACGGUCGGGCUUUUCUUGGCGGCCAUCGUCAACAAUGCUACCAAGAACCGCGACGACACCGGCUCUUAUCGUAUUCCAGUUGCCCUCCAGUUCGCCUGGGCCAUCAUCCUCUGCGUGGGCAUGCUCAUUCUCCCGGAGACACCCCGCUUCAACAUCAAGAAGGGCAAGUACGAGGCUGCCGCAAAGUCUCUCGCCAGACUCCGUCGUCUACCUAUCGAUCACCCUGCUUUGGUAGAAGAGCUCGCAGAAGUUCGCGCCAACCAUGAGUACGAAAUGAGCGUCGGCAAAGGCACUUACCUUGACUGCACCAAAGGCACUGUUGGCAAACGUCUCAUGACUGGCUGUCUGCUCCAGGCUCUGCAGCAGCUCUCUGGGGUGAACUUCAUCUUCUACUACGGAACUGCUUACUUUGAGCGCGCCGGCUUCGAGAAUCCAUUCACCAUUCAGGUCAUCACCAACACGGUCAACGUCGUUUCCACUCUUCCAGGUCUCUACCUCGUAGAGAAGCUGGGUCGUCGCAACCUUCUGCUCCUGGGCGCCGUUGGCAUGUGCGUGUGCCAGUUCAUCGUCGCCAUCACCGGAACUGUCGCUGGCACCACCGACCUUGCAGCACAACGGGCCGCCAUUGCCUUUGUAUGCAUCUACAUCUACUUCUUUGCAUCCACCUGGGGCCCGGUCGCUUGGGUUGUGACCGGCGAGCUCUUCCCCCUCAAGGUCCGCGCGAAGGCUCUCUCGAUCACCACAGCGACCAACUGGCUCCUCAACUUUGCCAUUGCCUAUAGCACACCGUACAUGGUCGACACCGAGCACGCCAACCUCCAGUCCAAAGUCUUCUUUGUAUGGGGAUCCUUCUGCCUGGUCGCCAUCGCCUUCGUGUGGGCGCUCAUCUACGAGACCAAGGGCUUGACGCUUGAGCAGGUCGAUGAGCUGUACGAGAUCGUGUCGCAGGCCUGGAAGAGCAAGGCAUUCCGGCCUCAGGUCAACUUCAGAGAGGCGCAGCAGGAGGGCGAGCGGGGCAUGAGCAUCAGGCAAAUGAGCGUGGCUCAGGAGCGGAGGAGGAGUAGUGCCGGUGGCGGAGGAGAGAAGCCUGGCGUGGUGCAGUCGUAG